UCGCAACCUAUUGGGCCCAGUAAUAUGUAGUGCCGGGCACAAGGCACGGCUUUCUCGACUUUGCCAACCCCGGACAGAGCAACCCCAUGCUUGGAGCCAAGAAGCAGCCAAGCGCCAUUGCCGUGGGUCAGCAACGGCCGGCCCCAAUUAUUGAUCCACUGUGCGUCAAUCUCCAAAGGCAUGCGAAAACAGUCAAACAGGACAUGGCGGGUGGAAUGCUACACGCGAGAUCCUAGCACCGUUUACGGACACUGGUUUACAUAUAUCCUCCCUCGCCCGCAGGACGCCAUGCUGGGAGUCUCAGCUCCGGACUACUGCAGUUGGCCCUCGCUCUCUCGCAGACCGCCAUGAAGCCCGCUGUCGCGCUUGCCACGUUGGCCAGCAGCACUCUGGCUGCUGGACGAACACUUGGAUCCACAAAUCAGAUCGAAAAGCGGGCGUUGGCGACUUCGGACCCAUUCUAUCCCUCGCCAUGGAUGAACCCGGACGCCGAGGGCUGGAAGGAGGCCUAUGCUAAGGCCAGGGAGUUUGUCUCCCAGCUUACUCUCAUGGAAAAGGUCAACCUGACCACUGGUGUUGGCUGGCAAGGCGAACAAUGCGUUGGCAACACCGGUUCCAUUCCUCGCUUUGGUAUGCGUGGCCUGUGCCUGCAAGAUUCCCCGUUGGGAAUUCGCGGCACAGACUACAAUUCGGCAUUCCCCUCUGGGCAGACUGUAGCCGCGACUUUUGACAGGGCCCUCAUCUACAAGCGCGGCUAUGCCAUGGGCAUGGAGGCCAAGGGCAAGGGAGUCGACGUGCUCCUCGGCCCAGUGGCCGGCCCUCUGGGGCGCAUGCCCGCCGCCGGCCGCAACUGGGAGGGCUUCUCCCCGGAUCCUGUCCUCACAGGAAUUGGAAUGAUGGAGUCCGUCAAGGGCAUCCAGGAUGCUGGUACGAUCGCCUGCGCGAAGCAUUAUAUCGGGAACGAGCAAGAACACUUCAGACAAGUGGGCGAGGCUCAGGGAUACGGCUUUGACAUCAGCGAGACGCUGUCAUCCAAUAUCGACGACAAGACAAUGCAUGAGCUCUAUCUCUGGCCCUUUGCCGAUGCCGUUCGUGCGGGAGUUGGCUCCGUGAUGUGCUCGUAUCAGCAAGUCAACAACUCCUACGGCUGCCAAAACUCCAAGCUCUUGAACGACCUCCUCAAGAACGAACUGGGAUUCCAGGGAUUCGUCAUGUCCGACUGGCAGGCACAGCAUACCGGCGCUGCAAGCGCCGUCGCUGGCCUUGACAUGACCAUGCCGGGAGAUACAGUUUUCAACUCGGGCCGCAGCUUCUUUGGACCCAACCUUACCCUCGCCGUUCUCAACGGCACAGUUCCUGCCUACCGCCUCGACGACAUGGCUAUGCGCAUCAUGGCCGCUAUGUUCAAGGUCGGAAAGACUACCGAUCUUGAACCUGUCAACUUUUCGUUCUGGACCACAGACACGUACGGGCCGGUUCACUUCGUCGCGAACGAAGGAUUUCAGGAGAUCAAUUCUCAUGUCGACGUUCGAGCCGACCACGGCAACCUGAUUCGGGAAAUCGCUGCUAAGGGAACUGUGCUGCUGAAGAACACUGGAUCUUUGCCCCUGAAGAAGCCAAAGUUCCUCGCAGUUAUCGGCGAGGACGCCGGUCCGAACCUCCGCGGCCCGAAUGGGUGCGGUGAUCGUGGUUGUGACGACGGUACUCUUGCUAUGGGCUGGGGCUCCGGCACGGCCAACUUCCCGUACCUGAUCACCCCGGAUGCUGCUCUUCAGGCUCAGGCCGUCAGCGACGGAUCUCGAUACGAGAGCAUUCUGACCAAUUACGCUCCCGCACAAACCAGGGCGCUUGUGUCCCAGGCCAAUGCCACGGCGAUUGUCUUCGUCAACGCCGAUUCCGGUGAAGGAUACAUCAACGUGGACGGCAACAUGGGCGACAGGAAAAACCUGACGCUCUGGAAGGAUGGCGACGCUUUGGUCAAGAACGUCUCGAGCUGGUGCUCCAACACAAUCGUUGUCAUUCACUCCACCGGCCCGGUUCUCCUGACCGAGUGGUACGACAGCCCGAACAUCACGGCGAUUCUGUGGGCUGGUCUCCCCGGCCAAGAGUCUGGCAACGCCAUCGUCGACGUGCUGUACGGAAAGGUCAACCCGUCUGGGCGCACGCCCUUCACAUGGGGCGCGACUCGCGAGAGCUACGGUGCCGACGUCCUUUACGAGCCGAACAACGGCAACGGCGCGCCGCAGCAAGACUUCACCGAGGGUGUCUUUAUCGACUACCGCUACUUUGACAAGUUUGACACCCCCGUCAUUUACGAGUUCGGCCACGGCCUCAGCUACACCACCUUCAAGUACAGCAACAUCAAGGUGGAAAAGUCCAACGCUGGCGAGUACAAGCCCACUGAGGGCACCACAGCUCCGGCGCCGACCUUGGGCAACUUCUCGACCGACCUGAACGACUACUUGUUCCCUUCGGACGAGUUCCACUACGUCUACCAGUACAACUACCCGUACCUUAACACGACGGAUCCUAAGGAGGCCUCCGGCGACGCGCACUAUGGCCAGACCGCCGAGGAGUUCCUCCCGCCACACGCAACCGACUCGUCGGCGCAGCCGCUGCUGCGGUCAUCGGGCAAGAACGAGCCGGGCGGCAACCGCCAGCUGUACGACGUCAUGUACACGGUCACGGCCGACAUCACAAACACCGGCGACGUGGCGGGCACCGAAAUCCCGCAGCUCUAUCUCUCACUGGGAGGAGAGGACGACCCCGUGGUUGUACUCCGCGAUUUUGAUAAGCUGUUCCUUCAGCCUGGGGAGACGGGCACGUUCCGCGGAACGCUGACAAGGAGGGACUUGAGCAACUGGGAUGUCGAGAAGCAGGAUUGGGUGAUUAGCGCGGCCAAGAAGAAGGUCUUUGUUGGAAAGAGCAGCAGGAAAUUGGAGCUCAGUGCUGAGCUGAACUGAGUUGGAUAGGGCUGGCUAGCUGAAAAGUUGGAGGUUAUGAUUAAUGAGGAAGCAUCGGCGAGUUGCAUUGCUAGCUAAAAAGCCAACAUAUAGUACCUAAGUAGUAAGGUCUAAUUGCAUAAUUCUUUUCUGCUGUC